AUGGAAGGACAAAGAGCACAGGAUGCUUUAGAUGCUGCUUUGGCUGCGUCCCACAGCUGCGACCACUGCGGAUACAGGGUGGCUUACAAGUCUCAACUGAUUAGGCAUAUGAGAAAACAUACCGGUGAGAAACAUGGUGAAAAAGACUACAUGUGUGGGGAUUGCGGAUACAGGGUUGCUUAUAAGUCUCAUCUAAUCAGGCACAUGGGAACACAUACGGGUGAUAAACCCUUCAAGUGUGACCAGUGUGACUAUUCUGCUAAAGGCAGUCUAGAUAACCAUAUGAGAAAGCAUCCAGGACAGAUGGAAGGGCAAAGUGCACAAGAUGCUUUGGAUAAAUCACACAGCUGCGACCAAUGCGGCUACAGGGUGGCUUACAAGUCCUUGCUAAUCAGGCAUAUGAGAACACAUGCGGCUGAGAAACCCUUCAAGUGUGACCAGUGUGACUAUUCUACUGCACAAAAAGCCAGUUUAGUCUGCCAUAUGAGAAAACACACAGCUGAAUAG